AUGGCCAUGAGCAACCCUGCCAACCCCGUCAAACCAAGCUCCCUCAAUAGACCCAACGACCCAAACGAGCGUCUCUGCGAUCUCAUCACUAUGCUUCAACAACAGAUAUCCACACUACCAACUACUAUCAAGACAGUGCAUCCCGGGUUACAGCAGCUUGUCGACGAGGCUGCACUUGUUGCUACGAACUACGAUUCUUAUUUGACCGAGUACUCCUCUCCCGCCUUGCCCAUUCUGCAGCGCAUGCUCGACCGAGGAGCAGAGAUGGACUGGGAUGGACUACUGGCAAAGGGCGUAACGCAAUUUCGUCUCAUUCCAGAGAUGUCUGCCGGAGGCUAUGAGGCUACAGUGCUCUGCCAUUUUGCGCGCAUGGCGAAGGUGAAGACGAUCUUGGAGAUUGGGAUGUUCACGGGCACGACAACCAUCUCUCUCGCAAGCAUUCCCGGCGUUGAACGGGUCGUUACGCUCGAGAUUGAAGCAUAUCUUAAGGAGCACAACCUUCCGUAUUUCGAAGAUGCCGGUGUGGCGAACAAGAUUGACAUCAGAAUAGGAGACGCUGUGACUUCUUUGGACGCGUUAGGCAAGGAAGGAACUUCCUUCGACAUGGUUUUCAUUGACGCGGAUAAGCCAAAUUACAAGGUCUACUUCCAGCGCGUAUUGGAUCUCAACAUACUUGCCGCGGGCGGGUUCAUCGCCGUUGACAACACCGCCUACAAGGCGUCGCCAUGGGCUCCUGACGCGGAGCUGUAUCCUAUGGGUCGUGAUAUCCACGAGUUUAAUGAAAUCGUCAGGAACGAUGUCAGAGUCGAGGAAGUGAUGAUACCGGUUCGAGACGGUGUUACUCUCAUCAGGCGCAAAGGGGAGUAG